ACACGAUGGAAGACAUCUGCUAGGGACGGCUUGGCUUGGCUGGUCCGGGUCCAGGAUCAUGUCUUCGAGCUUUUGGAGGACUUGGUGGAAAGUGGGCCGCUAACACGAUGGGAACUUUUUGACGCAACUUUCGUGUUUCCCCUCCGUGGGAAUUGACGGCGAACGGCCCCGUUUUAGCAGCAAAGGCUUGAAGAGCAGCCGGAAGGAAGGAUGAAGUUUUGGGUUCCGCUCAGUUUAGUCCUGGGCUUCAUUUUGUCAUCCCGGACGUGGAGCUCCGGCAACAAAACCCCCGGAGCGUCGAGCUCCCGGCCGCACGUCGUCUUCGUCCUCGUGGACGAUCAGGGCUUCCGGGACGUGGGCUAUCACGGUUCCGAGAUCAAGACCCCGACUCUGGACCGGCUGGCGGCCCAGGGAGUCAAGCUGGAGAACUACUACGUGCAGCCCCUCUGCAGCCCCACCAGGAGUCAGCUGAUGACCGGCAGGUAUCAGAUCCACACGGGCCUCCAGCACUCCAUCAUCCGAGCCACCCAGCCCAACUGCCUUCCACUGGACAACGUCACCCUGCCCCAGAAGCUCAAGGAGGCGGGCUACUCCACCCACAUGGUGGGCAAGUGGCACCUGGGCUUCUACAAGCGGGGCUGCAUGCCAACCCAACGGGGGUUCGAUAGCUUCUUCGGUUCCCUGCUGGGGAGCGGAGACUACUACAGCCACUACAAGUGCGAGGGUCCCAGCGUGUGCGGCUACGACUUGUACGAAGGCGAGGAGGCGGCUUGGGAACAAGAUCGGGGCUUGUACUCGACCCUGAUGUACACCCAAAAAGCCAUCGGCAUCUUAGCCAAACAUGACCCUCGCAAACCGCUAUUUCUCUACCUGGCCUACCAGGCAGUCCACUCCCCCUUGCAGGUCCCCGCUAACUACCUGGAGCGCUACAAAGGCAUCGUCAACCUGAACCGCCGGAAGUACGCUGCCAUGGUUUCCUGCCUGGACGAAGCGGUCCGCAACCUCACGCUAGCGCUAAAGCGCUAUCAUUACUACGACAACACCAUUAUUGUGUACUCCUCUGACAACGGGGGGCAGCCACUAGUGGGCGGUAGCAACUGGCCCCUCAGGGGGAGCAAGGCCACGCUCUGGGAAGGCGGCAUCCGGGCAGUGGGGUUCGUUCACAGCCCCCUUUUGGUGAAGAAGGGGACAAAAUGUCGCUCUUUGGUGCACAUCACCGACUGGUUCCCCACGUUGGUGACCCUAGCGGAAGGGACUCUGGAUGAGGAUCUGAACCUGGACGGGUACGACGUCUGGGAGGCCAUCAGCGAAGGGCUCCCGUCUCCACGUCAGGACAUUCUGCACAAUAUAGACCCCAUCUAUAUUAAGGCCAAGAACGGGUCUUGGAAAGCCGGGUUCGGGUUGUGGAACACGGCCAUCCAGGCCGCGCUCCGUGUCGGCCACUGGAAGCUGCUCACCGGCGUUCCCGGGUAUAGCGACUGGGUACCUCCGCAGACCUUCUCCACCCAGAGGCUCACCAUUCGCUGGCACAACGAACGAGUCCGCUGGGACCGUGGCAAGUCCCUGUGGCUGUUCAACAUCACCUCCGACCCUUACGAACGAGUCGACCUUUCCGGGCGCUACCCGCAUAUCGUGAAGAAGAUGCUAAUGCGGCUAGCGCAGUACAACAAGACCGCCGUCCGGGUUCGGUACCCAGCUAAAGACCUGCGAUCCAACCCGCAGUACAACGGCGGCGUCUGGGGUCCUUGGUACAAAGACGAGCCGGCAGAGGAGGACAACAACGAUCUUUUCAGCAACCAUCUUAGCGGCUGGGAAAAUCGGCCCGAUAGCAAAAACGUGCUAAUAAACGUGAAAAAAUAGCUUGGCGUAUUUCUGGUGUGAACCUUUCUCAGGGAUUACAAGUUUUGGCUUUUCCAUCAAGUACUCCCAAGGACUGCGUGCUGCAGGUUUAUUACCCACCCCUGAUGUUCACUCAGUAGCUUGUGUCCUGGGAAUACCAUGUAUGGAAUACAUAAGGAAUAUGGCAUAACAAAUGAACUCAAGUUCAAGUUCCUAUUCCUCUCAGACGUGAUCAUGUGAAAAAAAGUUCUCCCAUUCCAUGUGGAAGUGGUAUGUUUUCGGCUGUCUUUUUCAUUCUUCCACACUUUGUUUGAAAUACUUUAUGUUUAGAAUAAAUAUGUUGGAGGCUAACUAGCUAGCUCGGUAGCGGCGGCCGUCUCUCGUGUGCUAGCAGUGAGCCCAUAGCCUGCACAAAACAGCUGAGCAAUGUGUUGUAAACAAUGACUAAUAGGCGUAUAAAGGUGACUAUAGGGAUGUUAUGUCAUGUCUACAGGACUCUAAUGAUGGGAAAAUCCCAUUUAGAAAGUCAUGAACUGGUUUAUGCCAACUCUCAAGUAUUGAGUUGAAAAAUCUGCAAGCCAGCAAAUUUGAGAAACGCUGAGCUAGCACACAAUAACCUAGCUAGCUAGCAAUAGCUAGCAACGGUGAGCUAGCAAGAGAACAAGCUGCUACGUUUAUUUGGACGAUGAGUUCAUUGUUGCUGUUCGUUUUCAGGUGUUGGUAAUUCAGGUGCCAACACGAGCCGAAGGUUUGAGAUUUGGGGAUGCGGACCGCAGCUUGAAGUCCUCGUUCAGACUAAAACUACUUCUAAUCUCUGCUUUGAUGAAGUUCUGCAUUUUGGGGUGAAGUUUUGCGUGUUUGUAUAACGUAUAUUUCAGUGAGUGGUAUCAUUAUGUUGGAGUUUGGAGUACUGGAGAUCUCAACAUGAGCACAAACGCUGCGUCUGUCUCAGCUUUGACGAUAUUCCGAACGUGUGGCAAACAGCUUACUUUGUUGUCAGGUUUUGCGUAUUUGUAACAGUAUUUCCAAUGUGCAAACAUGGACCCACAUUGUUGCUGGACAAGCUUGGUACAGAAGACAGCGGUGAUGAAAUACUACUGUAAUAUCCAAACACAUCCAGCGACCUCGUAGACUUUCUUACAAUUCUUUGAUAUGUUUUUGUAGGAUAUAUCGAUAAACGUUAUCAUUGUAAUGAUAAACCAAAGUUAGACAACAUAACUAGAAAUGGUCAUGAAAAUCGAGAUGAGACGUUGAAGCAACGUCAUCCCAUUUUUCAUAGCAGAGGACUGGAAUGUCGGACAAGUAAAAUAAAGGAUGCAUUGAGUGUCUUCAGUCAUGGUUUUCAUUUUGGUAACGUCCAUUACCAUAUCC